AUGGCGCAUAUAACUGGUAGUUUCUUCACACAUAUACACGAGAGUUUUGGUCCUGACGCGGUUAAACUGAUGAAGGACUAUGCUCAACUUGUGCACAAGCUCGGAAACAUGCUUACUCGGAAAGAAUUUCUGAUAACAUGUAAAAGGAAAGGCAUUUUCCCGAAUCACAUUGCACACUCAUUCAAAUGCGUUCACGAGCUCGUCGCACAAAACGGUCCCUACUUACAUAAAACAAAUAGGACCAUAAACAACUUUAAAAAGGCAAUCCUCAACAUCGAAAUAAAGCAAACGUAUCACACCAUAAGGGAGUACAACAUAAAGCUACGUAAGUUACGAGACAACCUUAAACCAGUUGCCGACGAACCAACCAUCACAAUGUUUCUUGAUACGCAAGAGAAAUCUCUCAAGAGCAAGAUGGAAAAGCGAAACAAAAUAACAUCGAAAAAGCUACAUAGCAUCAUGCACCGAACAAAUUCGAAUGUUUGCGAUGUUAAACGAAAUGAAAAGGCUAUUUUGAACGCAACUCCAGAGAAAAUACCAGACGAAACGAUGGCACUACUUAGUCUGGGCCCAAAGUUCUCUCUCCCACCCACUCAUCUGAAUCAGAUCCCUUUCUUCCACCUUAUGGCAGACUUGGAGCACAUCCUACAAACAAAUCCAAAUCAGAAAGUGCAAGAUUCAAACAGAUGCAAAGCAACUAACAUCAUACAAAACUUCAUGCAUAAUUUUAAACACCAUCAAACCAAUAGCUCAGAUCCAACAACAAAGUUCUAUCAGCACGCUAGACAAAAAAGUUCCGCUUUCCUAAAAUCCCACCCGAAUCUAUGCGUUCUAUGCUCAGACAAAGGCAACAGAACCGUUGUAAUGUACACCAAAGAUUACGAGCAGAAGAUGACUGAGCUCGUCAAAGACCAUAACACGUAUGAGAAGCUUACAAAAGAUCCCACAACCCGGUUUAAAAACAAAUCAAAUGAUUUCGUGAAUCGCCUCUUCAAGCUAAAUCUAAUUGAUAAACGGACUAAAAGACUUCUGUACACCUCCGACUCAGUUUGCCCCAGGAUUUAUGGUCAGCCGAAAGCUCACAAACAAAAUCUUCCUCUCAGGCCCGUCAUACCAAACGUAACAGCACCGACCCACCGCAUAUCAAAGUUUUUAGCUAACAUACUACUCUCCUGCAAAGGGAAGUACAACAUCUCCAGCUCUUUCGCUUUCUGCGAAGAGAUAAACACGGUGGUUCUACCAGAAGGAUACAUCAUUGUCUCCCUUGACGUGGUGUCUCUCUUCACUAAUGUGCCCAGACACUUGGUCAUCAAAACAAUAAUAGAUCGAUGGGAUGAGAUCAUUACAGAAAUAAAUCUCGAUCUGUUCCUGGAGAUGAUUGAGUUUUGUAUGAGUUCGAGUUACUUCCAGUACAAAAACCAAACCUACAUACAAACAUUUGGAACAGCCAUGGGCAGCAGUCUUAGCCCCAUUCUUGCCGAUAUUUGCCUCGAAGGAAUAAUUGAUAGAGCACUCGCCCAACUACCCUUUUCAAUACCAAUCCUGAAGAAAUACGUCGACGAUCUAUUUCUAGCAAUCCCAUCAGACUCUGAACAACAAAUUCUGGAAGCUUUUAAUGCACAGGAACCCAGAAUACAGUUCACCAUGGAAACAGAAGAAAACAACAGCUUACCAUAUCUCGACAUGACAGUUAUCAGACAACCCAACCAGAAACUCAUCACCGAAUGGUACAAAAAAUCCAUAGCAUCGGGACGCAUGCUCAACUUCAAUUCAUGCCACCAACUCAAGCAUAAAGUCAACGUUGCCCGAAAUUUCAUUCACAGAGUCAUCUCUCUCUCACGAAAUCCAUCCAACCAAAACCCGAAAGAAAUCAUUCACGAAAUCCUGCAAAUGAACAACUAUCCCAAAACGCUAAUCAACCGCAUCAUCAACCUGCAAUACAGAAACAAAAUUACGCCAUCAACAAGCCCAUCAACAACAGCUCCGUUCACCAUAUCUCCCACCGCCCGAUCUCAGCCACCCAACAUCCAAUCAGCCACCGCCAGACUACCAUCACCAACCGAAACUGCCUCGCCUACGCUCCGUAACAUAAACUCAUCAACUCCACUUCUGCCGAUCGAAUCCGCCACUUCCAAAAGCCAUCAGAAUAGCCAUACUGAGUUCAACACACCCACAUCAUCCGGAAAACAUCACUGCACCACCCAUCUGAACCAGCAUAACAUCAACCAAAUUCCAACAUUCCAUCAAUCAGCCGUCGCCGCCACCAGAUCGUUCGAACAAACUCCGUCAUGCCAAUCCAACAACACAUCACCAAUCCAGCACGAAUCUCAGGUUAUCCUCGCAGCAGCACCGACAAAUCCAUCGCCAUCCUGUCCGUCCCACGAUACUCCAACAGAAAACAGCCAACUCAGUUAUUUUUCCAUGGCAUUUGUACCUAAUUUGACGGAAAAAUUAGGGAAAAUGCUGCAAGCCGACUAUCCGUCCAUCAAAAUCGCCAGUAAACAAACGAAUUCCAUAGGCAACAUAUACACACACAUGAAAGAUCCAGUACCAAACGAUGAUCGCUCUAAGCUCAUCUACUCCAUCCCGUGCAAAGAUUGCGACCACCAAUACAUUGGCCUCACCCGACAGAGAUUAAGCGACAGAAUAUCAGGACACAGAUCACUAAUGAACCAGUUAGACAAGAUAGUUAACACAUACUCCAACACAGCCCCCAUGUUAGACAAACUCAUGCAAAAAUCCGCUCUCAUAGAACACUGUAUAAAAACAUGUGCCAACUACCGACCGACCAGCAAUGUGACAAUAGACUUAUCUUAA